AUGCCAAUCUUCUACUUGCUUCCGUACCAUGGGGGAAUGCAGGGGAUGUCUUCCUUGUCUGGGGCACAUGGAAAUCUCACAAGUUUAACAGUAUGUGACCAUCCAGAUUCCUUCGUGACAGAUGACAAUGGCCAUACUUUUCUUCAUUUCCAAUACAUAGAGGACACAGGAACAGAUAUACACAGGCAUACAUCACCACUCUGCUUGGAUCUCUGCAGUGCUGGACUGAUGCCGAAGUUGCUGGUGGUAAGGCACUAUUGCUUAAGUAUGUAUCUCCCUUUUUAGGGUUGGAUGCUGGCGUCUGAUAUGGAUGGUCUCCUUGUACAGUGUUCAGUUUAGAAAUUAGUCAUAUGUCCCACAUGGCAUUUUAAAUUGGGUCAUUUUUGUAAAUGGUCAUGAUUUGUACCUGAUAUUUGGCAUAAAUACCACUCGUGAUAAUUAUUUCAAAAUUGUCUCAAAUUUCACUCGCCUAUGGGCUCGUGAAAUUACGUAUAACAAUUUUGAAAUAUCACUCAUGGUAUUUAUGCCAAACAUCACUACAAAUUGUGCCGUUACCUAUACAAAAUGGUUGAAAUUGAUACCCUAUUUCAGACCAAAACAACUAAAAAACCAUACCCCGGGACUCCACCCCCCCGGGGCGACAAAUGUGUUGCAGAUUAUGAGUCUUGCUGCUUACGCAAGCGAGACUAAUGAUAUAAGCAAGUCACUACGGCAACCUAUAGUACGGGAGUUGUGGAUGCACACUCCUGGGGAGAGUAUGUCACCGUAGCGUGCCAAAUCGGUGACUAUGGGGUUUCUCCCUCAUUUGCUUUCACUGUUAGUAAAACAAAGGGAAGACAUAAUAGAGGUUGCAGUUUGCUAGUCUCUUAUGAUUACAGUGGAACCACGAACCUCCAUUAUGAUAAAGUCUUCAGUAUAAGGAACAACAAUAUUGUUUUUGCCCCAGUUAUAGUCAAAUGGAAAAGAACCGUGACAUGACAAAACCUCGUUGAAGUGAAUAGAUUUUGUCAGUGCCUUGGCCCUUUGUCAUAUGUGAAGGAAAACAGCCCAAAGAAAAUGUAAUGCGUUAAGUAACAAACUUUAGCUCAUCAAUGAUUUUUGUGGUCAGUCACUUUUUAACUGCUAAGGUGUCCCCUGAAUGAAGGUUCAACCCAGGUUUCGGGACCCAGAAAAAGUGUUCCUUUCUCCUGAAAAGAGGUGUCCCUUCAACAGAGGUAACAAAUACAAAGAUUAUGUGAACAUUAAUUUUCCGGGAGCAAAUUUUGUGUCUCCUUUAUGGAGGUGUCCCUUAAAUAGAAGUGGCCCAAAGGAGAAGUUCCACUGUACUUUCAACUUGAUAAAUGUGGGAAUCUUACUUCCACAAAAGGCCAACUUUCUUGAGUUCAUAAGCAGAGCUGUAGUUCGUUUUUAUACUUGAUAGCAUGUAGAUCACAAUCAUAGUUCAUGUCUUCUUUUGAAAAGGCACUUAUUUCUUGAAAGAAGGAACAGACUAACAAAAAUUAUUUUGUUUUUUGGGCAGCGAGAAAGAAAGACUUCAUAAAAGGCCAAAUUUCUUUGGCGACAAGCAGAGCUGUAGUUCACCCUUGCUCUUGAAAGCAUGUUUAUCACAAUAAUAGUUUGUGUCUCUUUUGAAAAGGCACUUACUUCUUGAAGAAGGAACAGACUAACAAUGAUUAUUUUGUUUUUGGGCAGCGAGAAAAAAAGACUGUACCUACAGACCCCUGUGCCCAAUGUCACAAAAGUCAUCAAAGAGGCAAGUGUAGUCAUCAAUAGAUAAACCAACAUUCAUUAUGACUCAGGCUUUGAGACAAUUCAACCCCAACAUGAAGGGAGUUAUAAUCUCUUCUUUUCUCUGGUGUGUAGUUGGAAGAGUAGAUUGCAUUGCUGAAACGCCAAAACCAGGUGGGGCUGGCAGUGAGUGAGACUGAGUACCAAUUUUCCUUCAAAACAAAUAAUUAUGGCGGAUAAUGCAGACAUCGAAGGACGAUGAAUGUUUACUCGGUUUUAAGUUUUUCCAUGUCCAAACAUCAAGGAAAGGUUUUCAUGAGGGUUAGACAUAGUACUUUGUUCAGUUACCUUCCAGGUACAUACUUCUGAUGCAAUUGACUGAUGAUAUGUCAGAUGCAUGUGUGCCGUUGAGGGUUGUGUUUUGAAUGUCUUUGAUUGUCACUUGCAUUUGUCUUUAUUGCACUUGUGUAUUGCAACAGUCACUUUGCUGUAAGUGCCAUGCUGUAAAUUUUAACAAAAUACCCACGUUGAUUACUGUUGGACAAUUUGGGCUGCGUUGUUUCCGCCAUUGCUGUUGGCAAUUUACUCUGUUUGUUUUUUACAUUGUGGAUUGCUGUAACCUUGCAAGAUUAGCACGUUGGAUUCUGUUUAAAGACAUUAAGUGGGUUGAGACCAUUGUUUGACAGAAACUAGUACUGACUUCAACCUCAGAAAUGUCAAUGUCUUUAGACAGUGCUUGUCUUUCAUGGUUACAGUGUCAUACGAGUGUGAUUCCACUAAUGAUUGUAUGCUAUAUUUGUCAAUCAUUUCAAAAAUGUAGUCUCAACGUCUUAUUGUCUCAUUUUAUGACAAUACGUGACGUUAUGUCCUUUCUAUGACUACACCUGUGUUGCCUAAUGUUACAGGCAAGCAGUGUGCAUCAUUAGUGGGACCAUACUUGUUCAUCUUCGUUGACAUAAUUAUCACAUGCUGAUGUUCACCCCACAAACUCAGUGACAACUCAUGUUCCUUACUAGUCGCACCAUGGCGGGUUGGUCAGCUGAAGAUGCCACCACCUUUUGGGACCGGUGAGGUAUGGACACUGUCAUGCACUAUCCCGUUAGCCAGCAAUGUCAUGAUCAGUUAG